AUGUCAGUACAAGAGUUCGUCGAAAAAUUGAAGCAACAAGCACUGCAACAGCAGAUGGCUCAACAAAGAGCCCAGCAAGCCGCACAGCAGGGUGGACAACCACAGCAGGGACAACCGCAACAAGGACAGCCGCAACCUAUUCAACCUGGCCCUCCGAAGCCAGAAGCUCUCGCUGUUGCAAACUUCCUGAAGAACCAAGAUCUAAAGCCGAGAACAUGUAUUCUCAACGGGCAAAGAAAGGAUAUGUUCAAGGUGAAGCGUGCUCUCAGAGCUCUGCAAUCAGACGCAUAUACCAAAGCCCGCAAGAAGAAUCCUCUGCUCCCCGAAAUCACCGACCGCGCGUCCCUCGAAAAUACAUUCAAGCUCCUUCCCAUGUCCCUCCUCGCUCUCCGCGUCUCCAAAGUCGAUCCUCACGAGGGGCACGACCAUGCACCAGGAGCGCACAAAACCAAGCGGGUGAAGGGUCUCUGGACCGUCAAAAUCGAGCAACAGCAAGAAUGCCGAGAAGAACUACACUUUGUCUGGCUUUACGAGGGCGCGCAACUCAAACAAAAGCUAUACGCUAUUGGUGCGCUGGCAGUUGUAUUUGCGAUUGUCAUGUUCCCACUUUGGCCCAUCAAGAUGAGACUCGGUGUUUGGUAUCUGAGUAUGGGUAUGCUGGGACUCAUUGGUCUAUUCUUCGUGAUGGCGAUUUUCAGACUUAUUCUCUUUUGCAUCACGUACUUCGCUGUCCCACCUGGAUUGUGGUUGUACCCGAAUCUCUUCGAGGAUGUUGGGUUCUUUGACAGUUUCAGACCGUUAUGGGGUUGGCAAGAGGAAAAGAAGAAAGGAAAGAAGAAGUCGAAGGCAUCUGGGUCUGCAAACGCAGGCGCUACAAUGGCAGCUAUGACAGGACAACCACUCCCAGCACAAGCGACUACCACCUCAGCGGCACCUCAAAUGCAGACCUCAGCUCCAGUAAACAGAAACCUAGCUCCGAGGGUCGAGGAAGUGUUUGAUGAGGACUAG